AACGAGUUUCUCAUUUUUGUCAUUGUUUUGUUCGUUCAUUGUUUUAAAUUUUUUUUUCAACAAUUUCAAUACCCGAGCUCUUACUUUUGGUACGAGAACAAAUUAAAAAAAAGCUCUUAUUUAGAUGUGAAAGGGAAGAAGGUAUAAAUAAUGACGAAGAAAGAGGGGUAAGGAAAAAGCUCGAAGAGAUCGGACAAGAGUGACCAAGCAGGUGAAACGGUUCGAAACGGGUCCGAAGCGAGUUUGGAGAGUUGUUUCAAAGCCGGAGGUGGAAAGCAGCAUCGAACAACAGUGUUAACAGGGAGAACUGGUUUCGGUAAAGCCUAUGCCAGGCCGGUAGUAUACUUGCUUGAGUGUUGGUGUAGUAGUGGGGGUCAAGCGAUCUGUUUCGUCGUUACUGAGAGCGGUGACGGAGGUGGCAGUGGUGACGGUGGCGGAGGUGGCGUCGGCGGCAAGAAAAGGAAAGAAGUGGGGGUUGACGGCUCGGCAGAAACAAGCGAUCCUUUACAGUUAUAGUCAGUCCGGAUCGGGCGCUCGGUUAGGUGCGAUUAUUCGUAGCGCUUGUUUUUUUUCAAAUUAAAUAUCUCGUAGUGUCGAAUAGAAAACUUCAUGCGGAGGCAGGUGUAUAUAAUAUUAUAAUAAUAAUACGUGCCCGUGCAGAUAGUACAAGUGAACAGUGUCGGCGCAUAUCUAUCUAUUAGUUAUUAUUUUUCCUUUUUUUUUUUCCUUCCUUCCUUCCUUCCUUCCUCUUAUUGGUUCUUUACUUUUUCGUGAUUAUUUUCCUCAUUUAUACUACGUUCCAGUGGCAGAGCCUCCGGCAAAAGGAAAUAGUAUCCAGCACGAUUAACGAAAUGGAAUAGCCUCAUCACACAAGUAUUGGUGCAACAUUGACACACUGCAAAGAAUUCGGAAAUGAGGUAAACUACUUUUAUUCGAGGAAUGACGAAGAAACUUAACGAAAAUUUCCUGAACUGAGAACAAAAUAGAAAAAGAAGAGGAAAUAAAAUUCUAUUUAAGAAAUCAACAAGAUCUAUAGUUCAUGCUGUGGAAUAUUUGUUUGAUAAAAGGAAAUCGGAAGAUUUUGUGGUAAAAAAAAGAAAGAAGAAGUAAAAUCGAUGAAUCUUCUGAAAUUACAAGACUUGUAAAUACGAAUGACUCAUGGACAUGACAAAAAAGUGGAAAUAAAGCAUCUAACAUUGUGAAAAUAAGUCAACUGCUAAGUAAUGUGCAUGAAAAGUAUUCACGUGCGUAGGACGAGACGCGACGAGAAGCGAAAUACGUAAAGACCGGUAACGUUUGGGAAAGGACGCCGACUGCAUUCCACCCGAAUGAAUUCACUGACCGGAUCUAUACGGACCAGGUGGCUUGUGUCACACGGCUUUUGUCAAGAUAAUGCGAAGCCUGGAAAGAUUGUCUGGUAGCGAUCAGGAUUGUGGUGAUCAGGAGAUGUACAUCGAUUUAGACGACGCUUCCGUUGACUCGCUUACAGGGAAACGAAGUCGACAUCAUGUUGUUGGCACCGAGGUGGGCGAAGAGAGUGACAGUAGCGGUAGCGAGAGGAGUCCGAAGCAAGCGAAAAGAAGAAAUCGCAGUGGGCCGCCAACGACGCGGAGACGGAAGAGCGGAAUUUCAGCACGCGAGAGAAAUCUCAGAAGGCUCGAGAGUAACGAGAGAGAAAGAAUGAGGAUGCAUUCGCUUAACGACGCGUUCGAGCAAUUACGCGAAGUAAUACCGCACGUCAAAAUGGAGAGGAAGCUCAGCAAAAUAGAAACUUUAACGCUGGCUAAAAAUUAUAUUAUGGCGUUGACGAACGUUAUAUGCGAGAUGCGUGGCGAGGAACAACCUUACACAUUUGUCGACGGUGAGUGCGGGUCUAACAGCGGGGACAGUACAGGUCAGUUAGAACUAAGCAGUGGCGAACAACUCGAAGAGGCAUCUCCAGCGUCUAUACUUGAGACCAACAACAAUAGUUUACUACAUGAAGAUUUGGAACGCAGGAUACCUUAGCCGGUUUAGCUUUGAAAAGCUAAGGGUCGCUUCUUUAACAAUAAGACCCUGGUAUUCGGUGAAGAAUUUAUUUUCUAUAACUGUCGGCAGCAAAUUGAAUUUGCACAACAGGAAGCGAUACCUCGCAGGAAAGUUUACCAAAAACCCAGAGAAACGAAGGACGAUGAGGAGGAGAAAUGAAUAAGUAGGUGAUCAAAUAAAAUAGAAGAUGUGAGAAACAAUCUUUCGACUCGUAUGCACGGAUAAAAGUGAACAGAGAGCGAGAGAGAGGGAGAGAGAGAAAUAAAGACGACCUCACGAAAACGAUAUAUAUAUUAUAUAUACAUAUACGCACAUAUAUACGUACAUAGUACAGGUGGUUACUGCCUUUGCGAAUCAAUUCGUUCCAAUCUCUCUUUCAUAAAGUGAGAACCCGUAUUUCCUGUACGUAAUAUUAUUAACACAUUUUCUGUUCCUGAUAAUUCAUUUCUCUCUUUGAAAAGCUUGAAAUAACGUUAUCGUUAAUAUAUAGAUCCUUUUAAUAUUAUAUUUAAUAAUUACAGUAAAUAUGAAAAGAGAUUUAAAAAAAGAAAUAAAAUGUCGUUUUAAAAAAUUCGAGAACUAAUUGUAUAUGUAGAUAUGUGAGUAUAUAUAUAUAUAUAUAUAUAUGUACAGGAUGUUUCAAAUUUUCCCGCCAAACACAUAUAUUCCGUUACAAACAUAUUCUACAAGUAAAAAUAAGACAAUGAUAUCUUAUAAACAUAGAUUCUUUGAUGCUUCAUUAUAUGUUAGUAAAAAUUAGCGGGGAAAUAAAUGGAGACACCCUGUAUAAUCGGUUAAUUCGCAAUUAAAAUGGUCGUCGUUAAACCGAUCGAGAUUUAUCGAGGACUAUGCAAUUUAAUUUUACGACGCUCUCCGUCCAAGGCCGACUUCAACAGAGAAUGAAAGAUAUUUUGAAGGUCGACCGGCUGAGAAGUUCGGCGAAAAAAGAGCGUCCGUCGAUCUGCGCGCGACCAGCGGAUCCGUUUUAAAUAAUACUAACACUUUCCCUUCGUUUUCUUCGUUCUCCGCGACGCGUUGGUUUAAUAUUAUUCAGUUGAAUUUUUGUGGUAGCUUUCAAAGCAGCUGACGAUCUUUUUUUUCUAUUAUUUGUUAUCUUUUACGAUCUUUUUCGAAGAGGAAUUUUCAUUUGAACCUUAUAAAUGACACAAUUCAGGAUAUUUUGACGAUGUUAAAGAACGAGGGACCAAAAAAAGGAAUAUAUUUUUUCUUCUUUUCUUUUUUUUUCUUUUUUGUUUUUAUUCUAGACACCGUGGAAUCGUAAAAUUCUUUCGAACAUUUAAACGCGGUGAUACAAAAAAUAAUAAUUAUUAUUAUUAAUAUAAUUAUAGUAAUAUAAGUUAACUCCUCAUACUCGCAUUCGUUCGUUCGCGUUCGUAUUCGCGUUCGAUGUUAAAUAACAUAAUAUUAUAUAAUAAUUAAAUCGUCUUAAACGAACCGCGUCGAAAGUACUAUACGAGAAGAAACUGUGACACCUGAUAACACGAUCCGAUAUCUCGGUAGAUAUUUUUUUUCGUAUAGACGCAUAACCAACAACUAUAAUAAAUAAAUAAGUUUACGUUGUCGUGCAUUGA